CUGAUGGCCGGGAUCCUGCCCCGUCUCAGUGACCAGGCCAUGGACGCUGUGUUCCUGACAGCCUGGUGGAAGGUGAGCUGGUUUCCUCCUCCACUUCCUUGGGAGUCGCUGUCCUUUGAGGAUGUGGCUCUGUACUUCACCAGAGAGGAGUGGAGCAGACUUGACUGGGCUCAGAAGGAUCUCUACAGAGACGUCAUGCUGGAGAAUUACAGAAACAUGAUCGUCCUGGGUAAUGGAUUUCAGUUUCCCAAACCUGAGGUCAUCUGUCAGCUGGAGCAGUGGGAAGAGCCAUGGAUCCUGGAUCUACCAAGAGCUGGGACUAGGAAGGCUUCCGGUAGUGCCUGCCCAGGUUCCGAAACCAGAUUCAAGACGAGAGAGCUAACUCCAAAGCAGAACAUUUCUGAAGACUUAGAGUCACAUAAGAUAUCAGUGGUAAAGCAGAAAAAGGCCAAGAAGCCUUCAGAAGAGUUGCGUGAAUGUAACACAUUUGUGGACAUUUGUGGACUUUCGCUCUCUCCUCUUGGUGACGAAUGCUAUAAAAACUACUUCCAGAACUUUCACCUUAUUCAAGAUCAGAAAGCUCAGACAAGGACGAAGCAGGGCAAAUACGAGGGGUAUGAAAAACUUCUCAGCCAGAGACCACUGCUUUUGAGGCAUAAGCGAAUUCUUACAAAUGCAAAAUCCUAUGAAUGCAGCGAAUGUGGAAAGAUCUUCCGGCGUCAGGCAAAUUUCCUUCGACAUCAGAGAAUUCACAGUUCUGAGGCUCCCUUUGAGUGCGACAUAUGUGGGCAGGCCUUCAGACAGAAGUCCGCCCUGAUGGCCCACAAACAGUGUCACUCACAGAAAAAGCCAUAUAAAUGUCACGACUGUGGGAAAUGUUUCCGUCAGAUGGCGUAUCUUGUCGAGCAUAAGAGGAUCCACACCAAAGAAAAACCCUAUAAAUGCAGCGACUGUGAAAGAACGUUCAGUCAGAAUUCCACCCUUAUUCGACAUCAGUUAAUUCACAGUGGAGAGAAACCCCAUAAAUGCCAUGAAUGUGGAAAAGCCUUUGGCCGGCAUUCAACCCUUCUGAGCCAUCAGCAAAUUCACGCCAAACAGCACACCCAUAAAUGCAGUGAAUGCGGACAGUCCUUUGGUCGGGCUGUAGAUCUCAUUCAGCAUCAAAGAAUCCACACCAAGGAGGAGUUCUUUGAAUGCAGAGAAUGUGGGAAAACUUUCAGUUUUAAGGCAAAUCUUCAUCGCCACGAGGUCAUUCACACUGGAGAGAGACCCUACAGAUGUGACAGAUGUGGGAAAGCUUUCAGCUGGCGCACAAGCUUCAUUAAGCAUCAGGGUACUCACCGAGAGCAGCCGUCUACGUGAUGCUAUGGGAAAGGCGACCAUUUAAAGACCAGAACUUAACUCCUAUUGCGAGACCAUGAUUUCUUCUAUAAAAGAAAUAUAACUACAAAAACAUAUAAAAACAACAAAGUUCCACCGGGAAUGAGAAAAAAGCAAGUGGCAUCCCAUGAAACAAGGGAACCUUGAGCCUUGCAGGAGGAAGACAGUAGGUGCUGGAUUAUACACGGGGCUCAAUAUGCCAGCACUUCUGUACUGGUCAGCAGGGCCCGGCUGGAAGGAGGGGCUGCCAAAUUGUAGUUCCCUCAGCAAAAUUAACAAGUGGAGACCUCUGACUAAGGAGGAAAUAGUAAGCCAGUGAGAGAGAAUUCUUGCUUACAGCAAACUUGGGAGCUGGGGACCCCUGAAAAGCAGAUCUGGGCGUGAGUACCCAGAAGUCUGGCUCAGGCUUUUAAAUCUACUCUGUGUAGAAAACGUACCUGUUUCCAGCUUUCCAGAGAGAGAGAGGGUCCAACCAAGGAUAACGUGAGGUAACGUGAAAAUGCCUACCACCAGCCACAUCUGUCCCAAGGAGGAAAAGAGAGUUGCAUUAUUCAGUGUGGUGGCCACUCGCCGUAUGAGCCUAUUUAAGUUAAAAUUUUUAAAAAUUAAAAAACUAAGUGCCUCAAUCAAAAGCCACAUUUCAAGACCGGCACAGGUACAGGAUGUUGCCAUCCCCUCGGGCUGACUGGACAGCACUGUAGAGAGACCCCAAGGACUCCUGGUGGAGGAACCAGGGAACUGGUAUUUGGUGCCACUUACUUCUCUACAACUGAAUUAAAUGGACUUCCUUCUCUAUAAGUGGCCCCAAAUGUUUGAUUUGCUGAAAAUAUUUUUUUCAGUAGAAUUCCUGGGACACAAAGGAGAGGGGUGGGGCUGGUCUGGAAGCCUUGCUGAACUAACUUGCUUUGGGAGGAAGGAUUCCCCGGCUCAAGAGUGCCCAGAGUGCAAGCGAGACUUCCUGCCUUCCCCAGAGUGCGGACAGUCACCAGGCCAAGAGCACAGAUUAGUGAUGUCAACAUCAGUGUAUGGUCUCAUCUGCCAACAUUUAGCCAGAGGGCAAGAGCUCCAAACCAGGAUGGUGAUGGAGAAGAAAUGCUCAAGUUUUGGCUUUCCUGUUUGGCUAAUGGGCUGGACCCAUUGACCCUCACGCCUGGCUGGACUGAGCAACCAUCAGCUCAAACCAUCAGCGCAAAGGUCACAAGAGUCUGGCACCAAGAGUCUAGAAUACUCCACUGGACUAGAAAAGGUGCACUUUUUUUUUUUUUUUGACAAGACCAGUGAAGCUUUUUUCACCAUAUUUAAAUCAAAGUGAAAAUUUAAUAGUACAAAAGCUGUUUCUUUAGCUAAUAGUGCUAAACUAUAAAUUAAAAAGCAGGCUGUGUUAAAAUUCGAAUGACUGAAAAAAAAAAAGAUUAAAAAAUCACUGAAUGCUUUCAUUUUCUCCUAUUUUCACACCCUGGGAAUACAGUUCACUAAGAUGUCACGUGGUCAUAUGCCUGGUGGGCAGCUUACACCUUUGACGACACCUGUGAGUCUAGAUCUUGUUCAAGUUCAUUCUCGACUACAGCUCUCAUCAAGGUGGCUUCUUUGUCAGUAUCUCUUAGCUGGUGGAAGUGUGGAGGGGAAGCAUAAAGCACAAAUACUACAUGAAAUUCUAAGUUGUAAAAUAAGUUAGAAAUGGAUGACUUUCUGGCAAAAUGUAAAUUUUCAGGAGUUGCUGUCCUUUGAGGAAGUGGCUGUGUAUUUCACCAGAGGGAAGUAGAAAGACUGGAACUUGAUUCAGAAGAAUAUCUACAAAGAUGUGAUGCUGGGAAACUAGGGAAACAGAACUUGCUGGGAGAUCACAAAAGACUUCGAGUAGCCAAAACAAUCUUGAGGAAGAACAGAGCUGGAGGAAUCACACUUCCUGACUUCAGACAAUAUUACAAAGCUACAGUCAAAACAGAAACAGUAUAGUACUGGCACAAGAACAGACCCAUAGCUCAAUGGAACAGGAUAGAAAAUGCAAAAAAUAAGCCCACAUGCUUAUGGUCAAUUAAUCUACAACAAAGAAGGCAAGAAUAUACAAUGGAGAAAAGACUCUCUUCAAUAAGUGGUACUGGGAAAACUGGACAGCUACAUGUAAAAGAAUGAAAUUAGAACAUUCUAUAACACCAUAUACAAAAAUAAACUCAAAAUGGAUUAAAGAUCUAAAUGUAAGACCAGAUACUAUAAAACUCCUAGAGGAAAACAUAGGCAGAACACUCUUUGACAUAAAUCACAACAGCAGUAUUUUUUGGAUCCAUCUCCUAAAGUAAAGGAAAUAAGAGCAAAAAUAAACAAAUGGGACCUAAUUAAACUUAAAAGAUUUUGCACAGCAAAGGAAACUAUUGACAAAACAAAAAGACAAUCUACUGAAUAGGAGAAAAUAUUUGCAAAUGAUAUGACUGAUAAGGGAUUAAUAUCCAACAUAUAUAAACAGCUCAUGUAACUCCACAUACAAAAAACCAAACAACCUGAUUUAAAAAUGGGCAGAAGAACUGGAUAGACAUUUUUUUCAAAGAGGAAAUGCAGAUAGCCAACAGGCACAUGAAAAGAUGCUCAACAUCCUUAAUCAGGGAAAUGCAAACCAAAACCACAAUGAGAUACCACCUCACGCCUGUCAGAAUGGCUACCAACAAAAAUGUUGAUGAGGAUGUGGAGAAAAGGGAACCCUCCUACACUGUUGGUGGAAAUAUAAAUUGUUGCAACCACUGUGGAAAACAGUAUGGAGGUUUCUCAAAAGGUUAAAAACAGAACUACCAUACAACCUAACAAUUCCAGUCCUGGGUAUAUAUCUGAAAAAACCUAAGACAUUAAUUUGAAAAGAUACAUGUACCCCAAUGUUCCUAGCAGCAUUAUUUAUAAUAGUGAAGAUAUGGAAGCAACCUAAGGGUCCAACAACAGAUAAAUGGAUAAAGAAGAUGUGGUAUAUAUAUACAAUGGAAUAGUACUCAUAAAAAAGAAUGAAAUUUUGCCAUUUGCAGCAACAUGGAUGGACUUGGAAGGGCAUUAUGAUAAGUGAAAUAAGUCAGAGAGAGAAAGACGUACUGUAUCAUUUAUAUGUGGAAUCUAAAAAAUACAAUACACUAGUGAAUAUAACAACAACAAAAAACAGCAGACUCACAGAUACAGAGAACAAACUAGUGGUUACCAGUGGGGAGGGGGGUUGGGGCAAUACAGGGGGACAGUGUGAGGUACAAACUAUUGGCUGUAACAGGCUACAGGGAUGUGUUGUACAACACAGGAAAUAGAGCCAGUAUUUUGUAAUAACUGUAAAUGGAGACUAUUUAUGGUGAAAUAAAGACUAUUGAUCCCCAGUACAUAUUCACAUAUUCACACAUUUUGUUCCAGAAAUAUUAACAUGCUGAGUUAUGGUGUACCAGCCCAAAUCCCUAAAUGAUGUUGCAUAAUAUAUCUUACUUUUUUAAAAACGGAAAAUUUCUGAUUUUUGAAACAUAUACUCCCCAAAGCUUUAGAUCAAGGAUAUCCGGCCUUGAGAAGGGCACGUGACAACUCAAUGAGGAGCAGCAGCACCACCAGGGGAUUGACAGUAACAACACCCCCCCCCCAAACCCGCAUGCAAGAACCUUGUCAAGAGGAAGCCCUGAUAAAGCAAAGGAAAAAAAUGGCGGCUUUGUUUCUGAUGGCAGCUCUCAGUUGUAUGGAGGAGACCUGAUCUGGAAAUCAGCAAUCUGGCCUGAGGAAGAGUCAAUUAUAGGCAGUAAACUUAGCUACAGGAGACUAGUCACAUGCCCUAAAGGCUAUUCUUAGGCUGUGGCCAAAAGCUAAGCCAUAUAAUCAUGCAAGUGGGCCUUGGACAAUUUAAAAAAAAACAUUAAAAAUGGGGAGCCCAGUUAUAAUAAGCCCUUUGCUCACCAAAAGAUUCCAGCAUGGGUUCUGAGGACAGGAUGCCAAGACAGACAGACGCUCUAAUCCAGUCACUCGAAGUGGCAAUGUGACAUCUGCACACCAAGAUGAAUGGUCACAGAGGCCCCCUGUGGCCACAUGCUGUGAUUAUCCAGUCAUCCCACAUCCAUUGUGGCACCUGCUGGGGCGAUAAUGGUUACCACAGACUGUUCAGAAUCCUGCCAGAGGGUAAGCAUGUGAGAAGCACGGGCUCACCGUUCCUGCCUUGGUGGCCCCCAGUGCACCUGCCAGAUAGCCCUUCCCUGAAUCCUCUCUAGUAACUACGGAUGCUUGUUACCCCGGGGUCGCUCCCUCUGUUGGGGUUAGUGGGAGGGCACAGACCCCACCCCUGUAGUUCCCACCCCGAGGCCCCAGAAGCUUCCCUUUUACCUUGGUGCCAUUGCCCUCCAGACCCUGAAGUCCCACGCAGGGCCUAGGGCCUUCCAGAAUAGAGCUCAGAAAUUUUAAAAACCAAGGUAGGCUAAGACAAUAGAUUUAAAUGACUUUAUAACUUCUCUCCCGGCUCCAGUAAGGUCUUUUAUCACUUUGUUUACAAAAAUCUAAAUUUACCAUUUUGCAGGACACUGUGUUGGGUGCCACAGGAAAAUACAAAGAGCAGUAAGAUAGUUCCCAAUUGUUCUGGACCGAAUUGUGUGUCCCUCACAAAAUCCAUGCAUUGAAGCCCCAACCCGCAGUGUGACUGAAUCUGGAGACAGGGCCUUUAAGGAGGUGAUUAAGGUCAAAUGAGGUCAUGAGGGUGGGGUCUUCAGGGAUAGGACUGGUAUCCUUACAAGAAGAACGGACACCAGGAGUGCAUAUACACAGAGAAGUCGGCCGUAUACAAGCUGAAGGGCGAGGGCUCGGAGAAACCCACCCUGCGGACACCUCGGGGAAAUGCUCCUGUCUUCUCUCCAAUGCCUUUCCUAAUGAUCGCCUCACUUAGGUUAAGCCGAAGCACAAGGCUGCACUGGGAGAGGGGGCGGGAAACGAGGGAGAGGGGCUUCUCCCAACAUCCUGCCGGGGACAGCAGCGACGCAUCGCGCGUCUCCUCCACCACCCGGACCCGGGAACUGCGAGCCGCAGGGAUAACGCGGGAAACUGAGGACAAGCGGACGGAACACCGAACCAGCAGGACAAACACAACAAGUUCCGGAAACGCUACCGGAAGCGCGUCACCGUUCCGCCCCCUCCCCGGGAGCUCACCCCCACCAGUGUUCUCUAGGAAUCCAGGAGGUCUCGCGGUCUCGGUGGUUCCUCUACAAAUCUAGGGAAUUUAAUCUCCUCAAUCUAGGGAAAAGACCAAGAUUCAGAAGCAGCUCCUCACUAAUGAGAAGGAAAUAAGGAAUUGAUGGGGAAUCUAACCUGAGUGGAAGGUGCAGGUCACAGGUUUUGAGAACUAGACAUGGCAUGUUUCUAAUUGUUCCUUCUGCAGGGAAAGGAUCCGAAGCUGAUGACCAGACUGGUCGUACUCAGAUGGCUCUGGUACUUUUGUAAAAACAACAACGAAUUUUGAUAGCAUCUAUCACAGGCUUCCUCCCUGCCCCAGUACCUAGCAUACACGUCUGUAGAAUUCAGCCACGUUCUCCGUGCACCUUUACUGAUACAAUUGGAAUGCAAAUUCUACUGUUCCGUUCCUUUUUUACCCUUAGUCCUUUCCAACAUUUUAAUGUUAAAAAGGAUAAUGAAGCAGCGUCUUGAGCAAACAUAUCUUGAUCUAACUCGCCCCAAAUUGAGCAAAAAAAAAAAAAUGUUUUGUUUCCCUUUCCUUUUGGAGGAUGGAUGUGAUGACUGAAUGGCAGCAAAAAUCUUUGCCAUCAAAUGUUCAAAUCAUGAAACUCAACUUUUUCCUGCAAUUAGAAGCAAUAAGAAAAAGAUGUAAGACUACAAAUGAGAGUAGUCUUCAGCUCAUUAAGAAGUUUCUGACAAUCAGUUGUUUUAAAGAAGAGGCUUUAAAGAGGCUGCUUUGGGAGGCAAUAAAUUUCCCAUCACUGCAAGUGUUUCAUGUAGAAACUGAAUAAUCAAGAUGCCACGAAAUGUUUUCUCCAGUUCAACACAGUUACUGUUCCAGGCACAUGCCUACAAACUGAAUGGGGAUUCCUCCAUACGUGGGCAGUUGGGUUUUUAUGGUCCCACUGAACCUUUUUCAACUCUGAGAUUCUAUUAUUGUAUGAUUUUAUCAUAUCUUGGAUCAAAACUUUUUCACACAAACUGACAAGAACAGUUUCAUCACUUCUUUAAUGUUUGAUGUUUAAAUAAUAUGACAUAUUAUAGUUUGGUGCUGAUGAGCUUAGCAUUUGGAGGCAAAGUGAUCUUGGUUUAAAUGCUGGUUCUGCCACUUAUUGGCUGUGUGACUUUGGGCGAGUGAAUUAACUAUUCUGAACCUGUUUUUCCCAACUGUAAAAUGAGGGUACUAGAAGUGAAACCACUUCAUAAUGGGAGGAUUAAGUGAAGUGAUCCACACAAAACACUCGGCAUGGUGUUUAGAACACGGUUAAGUGCUCAACAGACAUUAACACCAUGUUUUGCUGAAGCUGUCAUUCUCAACUAUACCCGACCUUUAGCUCUAAGAUUCUGUUUGCAGGUGACAAAUGUCUUCUUAAAAGCUACCAAGGAGGCCCUCUGAUACUCAAACGUUGCAUUAAGUUGGUGGAUAUUUGUCCUGAGCGUGUCAUUUUCUCUCUGCAACUCAGUGGCUUUCAGCAAGAAGCACUCGAGUCCAUAAUUCUUUUCAUUUUGUUCCCCCCAAAUUACCCAAGUCAGUAUAUCCCUUUCCACCUAUAUUCCAUCCCAGUUCACCAAAGUGAAUGUCUCCUAAUCAAGCAGCCACCACACGCCGGGGACUAUCAGUGCUCUGCCCACCACAGUGGUCCUCAUUGCCUCUUGGUGAGUGGCCAACUCCACAACUCAUUCUUACAAGACCACUCAUGGCACCAUCUCUUAGAUCAGGCUCCCUAAGGCAAAGCUUGAGCCAGGGAUUCAGAGCCACGUUGAGUUGCUGAGGGCAUGGAGGGAACGAGACAGGAUGGAGAAGGCCAAGAGCCUGAGUGGAGUCUGAUAAAGCCUGUCUGAUCAAGUCUAGCCUUGGCCUGAUCCACAAACUGCACAGCUUCCCACCCUGAAGCGGGUGAUCAGCCCUUGGUACCCCCAUAUCAAUCAGUCAUGGGCUGGGGGGCGGAGGGCAGCUAACUCCUGGGUGAGGCAGCUCCCACCCACUGAGGGUAAUUCUCCAAAGGAGAAGGGGGAGAGUUGUGAGCACUUGGCAGCCAAAACUCAGAGCAGCUGGGGCACGGAGACACCAGCCUGUAAUGGGGGUCUGCACAGGGGACCAGUGUACAACACACACAGUCAAAGUGUUUCUUGGGUGUUUAUUGUUAAGCCAGGCAGUCAGCAGAAGCAGGACUUACUUCAGCAGCGCCCAGAAGCCUGUGUCCCUCUCUAGCAAACAGGCUCAAGUUAACCCUCAUCCAUGUAAUUGUCUUUCCCCCACAAUCCCACCCAGACCUUCCCACAAGGCAGGGCUCACCAGACCAUAACCUCCUGGCUCCUAAUUAAUGUUUAGUUUCAAAUCCAGCUGCAACUCAAAUUGAAGCUCAUUCUACACGCCAUUAUCCUAUGGGAGAGCUCUAUCUCCAUGGCAACUGGGAGCUGGUACAUACACUGCUUGGACCAUAAUUCUUCACUCAGCGUUGUCCAAUUCCUUCUAUGGAUGUAGCUGCCCUCAUUCUUGUGGGUAAUAAGACUAAAAACCAGUCCACAGUUCUUCUCUUCUCUAUGCCCCUAAGGUCCCGCUCCCCUCUCCCCAAGAAGUGACUGGCCAACACAGUUUCUCCUGAAUUUACAAACUUGACUUCUCUUUCUACUAGCUAAACUUGAUGCUAGGGAGAAUCAAAACAAAACAAAAAGGUAGAGGGUGUUUCACGGAGAAGUUGUAGAUUGAAUAAGGCAACAAGAACACACCCCCGUCCAGCCUCCAAACCUCAACUUUACCAAAACAUAAAUACCUUAAGUCAGUUUCUUUUUGAAGGGUUUACUACUCAAAGGGAACGGAGCCUGGAGCAUUCUAGUGGCUGGGAGGAUCAUACCUCGGAGAUUCAUUGCCGAGGUACCAAAAUCAGGAUCAUGCUGAAGUCCUCUCUUCCUGUCACCAUGCUCUUCCCUGAAUAGAUAAACUGUCAAAUGAGGCAGAAACUACUAAAGCUUAUUUCUACUGCAUUCGUGAGGCCUUCCCCAGUGUCAAUGUGCUGAGACUCACGUGAAGAAUGAGUGUCAUCUGAAGGUUUCCCUUCACCCCCUGUAUCCCUAGCUUCUCUCUUGUCUAGAUUCUUAAGCAUGAAGAUGCUAACGAAAGCAUUUCUCAGUGGGAAGAGCAGCUACCUUUGUUGUGGAUUCUCCAGUGUUCCUAAGUUCUAACUGAAGGAUUGCAACACAUCUGGAGGUUUGAUGGUUACGUCAGAGAAGAUGCUUGAAGUUGCUAUUACGUUCAUUACAGGAGUGGGGCUCCUUCUCAGGAAGGCUUCUCUAAGACUGUGUACGAGUGCCUCUACGAGAGAAACACCUACACACUCAAGGUGUUUAUGGGAUCUGUCCUCUCAUGACUUCUCAGAUGUUUAAAGAGGCUACAACUCCAGCUGAAACUCAUUCCACACUCUUUGCACUGAAAGGGUUUCUCACCAGUGUGGGUUCUCUGAUGUUGAUUGAGAUGUGACUUGAGAGUGAAGCCUCUGCCACACUCAUUACACUGAUGGGAUUUCGGGUUGGAGCAGCUUUUUGGAUGUUGCUUUAUGUGGGAACACUGGCCAGCGAUUCCUCGACACGUCUCACACUUGGAGGUUUUCUCUGCGGUGUGAGCUCUGUAAUGCUGAAUCAGGUCUGAACUAAAGCGAAAGGCUUUGCCACACACGUCACACUUAUAAGGCUGCUCCUGUAACUCCAUCUUCUUAUCUUCAAUCACGGUUAAGUUCCAACUAUACGCUUCCUCACACAUGCCGUUUUUUUCAUUUUUCUGGCCCACGUGGAGCACCUGAUGUUCAAUGAGG